AUGGGAGACCUGGAGUGUGGCUUUGAGGAAAUGCAAGGAGUCAGAUUGGGAUACCUGCUCAUCAAAGGCAAGCAAAUGUUUGCUUUGUCUCAGGUCUUCACCGACCUGCUGAAGAACAUCCCCCGGACCACGGUGCACAAGCGCAUGGACCACCUGAAGGUGAAGAAGCACCACUGCGACCUGGAGGAGCUGCGGAAGCUCAAAGCAAUAAACUCUAUAGCUUUCCACGCCGCUAAAUGCACUCUCAUAUCGCGGGAGGACGUGGAGGCUCUGUAUUUCUCCUGCAAGACGGAGCGGGUGUUGAAGUCCAACAAAAGGAAAGCGAAAGCAGCGUGUCCCCCGGGGGACGAGGACGCGUCCUCGGGGCUCCUCCGUGCGGACGCCGAACUGUGGAAGGAAAAAGUUUGGUUUAGUUUGCACGGUGUCCCGGAGACUCUGGCGCUUCACAGCAAAACGGCCAGGAAGAGAGAGCUGACUCCUUGCCUUACCGACUCCAAACUACCUCAAUUUUAUCACAAAACGCACGGGCGGGAGUACCGUUCGGCGACCAAGUCCAGUCACAAACACUUUAAAAACUAUGAAACAGCUAAAAUAGCAGGGAACCGCGUUACUUUGAGCCAAAGGCACUCGUUUUUGCGCAGCGCCGUGAGCCGGCAGCCGGUGGUGCUUCAGUCCGCCAUAGCUGCUCAGUCCAGGCUCUCGCGCUCAGCCGGCGACCUACUUCACAAAAGGAAGAGGAGGCGCGAGGGGGGCGGCGGCAGGGACAGCGCGAGGCACUCGUGGAGCAGGAGCAGACACGCGCAACACCACCCACCGCCGGUGCUGCUCGUUCAGCCCAAAUCGUCCGGCGGCCACGGCGCCUCCUUCGGCGCUUUCCACCUCAGUCCGGAUUUCUAUCUCGACCCGCGACCUCACCAUCAUCACCACCACCAGCACCACCAUCACCACCACCACCACCACCUCGAGCAGCCCAGCUUCCCGGAGAGCUACAGCAGCGACACCGAGUCCAGCACCUACUCGGACCGUGCGUACCCGGACUCGGACUUCGGCUCCGGGUUCUCCACGAGCAGCAACUCCGGGAGCUCCGAGGAAGAAGAGGAGGAGGAGGAUGAAGAUGACACGCAGUCAGAGAGUUCAGAGGUCAGCUCAGAGGAGGAGGAGGAGGAGGAGGAAGAGGAGAGCUCAUCUCAGUCCGACUCCAGCUCCGUCUCCAGCCGGGUGUCGGUUCAGAGCAUUCGGUUCAGACGGGCGCGGGUCGGUUCACUCGCCAAAAGCCUCAACACCAGUAAAACACCUUUGGUCCUGCAGCCCACGUUUCACUACAACAACCAACAGCAGCAGGAAAAGCAGCACAGGACGCAGGGCCACACUGUUGCCACUUCACAAACAGGGGACAGCAAACAGGACCAGAACUGUGAGUUCAUAUGCAGUGAAACUAGGAAGGAUUUGGGACACUUACAGCCACCAAAAUUUAACUCAGCUGCUGUGGGGGAGAGUUUUUUCACUGAGUCCAAAAGGGAAAAGACGUGUGAGUCUGAUCCAAACAGGGCUGACCCAGUGGAUGAGUUGGUCCCCCACAACCGGACCACUAAGGCCUUUCACCCGUCACGCAGGACACCGGGGCAUCCCACCAAAUGCCUCCCGGCACUGAGCGCACAGUGUGACCACAACAAAGACGCCAAGCUCCAAAAAUGUGUCGACAAAAGGGAGGCGAAAGCCACCAGCCUAAAACUGCCCACGUCACUGAAAAAAAUAAAGACCGAGUCGGAGGAGCCCUGUGUGACCCCCUACUCGGAUGGUGUCAGGACACCACCCUUCAACCUCCACAAUGUGAAAGUUAAAGUGGAGGAAAGCUGUGAUGAAUAUGAAUACCAGAGCCAGGCCACUGUAGUCAAAUGUAAAGGAGAUAAUGCAGAGAGCAGCAAUGGUCAAUAUCCCAGCGGAGCCAUCAAACAAGGAGACUUUUUCCACAGCGGGAUUAAAGCCACAGAGAAGAGCCCUGAUGUGGCCCCCAGGUCCCCCUGUGGUCCUCAGGAAUGCAGGAGUAGCCAGGACACCCCGUGUAUCGAGGAGGGGGAACACAGGAACAAAAACUGCAGGGCUCCGGUGCUGGGGAAUAAGAAAACCCGAGUUUCCAGGACGCAAACAAAACAAAACGUGCCCAGGGUCAACAAGGCUGCCUCUUCCUCUUCUUCUUCAUCCUCCUCCUCCUCCUCCUCGUCCUCCUCCUCUUCUUCCUCCUCUUCUUCUUCUUCUUCUUCGUAUCGUCCCGAGGAGGUAUCUACCGAGGAUUUACCGGGCAGACGCAAACGCAGCAACGCGAGCACUGUAGCAUCGCCUGCAAAAAUGCCUUUCACCCUGAUGGCAAAUUUCCCAUCCCCGCCGUCGCUGAUUGUUGGCAGCGACGGGGAUUUGUGCCCUGCUUACUCCCUGAACUCGCUGAGGGGCCCCGGGCCUCCCCCUCCGUCCCACCCCGUGUGGAGAUGGCAGCCAGGCGGCCAGAUUCUCCCUCCCCCACACGCUCAGAGAACUAGGAAAUACUGA